AUGCGUCAACUUUAUCAAAUUCAGGCCCAACUUUUCGUUUUCCCUCUAUUUCCCGAUUCUAAAUCUAUUGACCCCAACAUCAUCGCCGUUAAGCUCAUAGGGGUAUGUGGCGCCCGCGCUAAUGCGCACCACGGUGCUUUAAUCUUCACUCAUUACCUUUCAAACCCAAAUAUCUUCGCUUACAAUGCCCUUCUCAAAGCAUUUGCUCAGAACAAUCUCUGGCAAGGUACGAUAUAUCACUUCAACAAGCAAUUGUUAACGCCUGAUGCUCCAAACCCAGAUGAGUACACGUUCACUUCCGUUCUCAAGGCAUGCGCUGGACUUGCCUGGCCGGUAGAAGGUGAAAAGGUUCAUUGCAUUGUCACUAAAUAUGGAUGCGAAUCAAACCUUUUUGUGUGUAACUCGCUGGUGGAUUUAUCUUUUAAAGUGGGUCAGCUUGGGAAUGCUCAGAAGCUAUUUAAUAAGAUGAUUUUUAGAGAUAUUGUAUCUUGGAACACUUUACUUUCUGGUCAUUGUUUAAGUGGAAACACCAAUCAGGCAAGGUGGAUUUUCGAUGGGAUGGGUGAGAAAAACACGGUUUCUUGGUCGACGAUGAUUAGUGGCUAUGCAAAGAUGGGCAAGUUAUAUGAAGCACGCCAGCUUUUUGAUAAAAUGCCAGAGAGAAAUGGAGUUUCAUGGAACGCAAUGAUUUCUGGUUAUGCCCAAAAUGAGAAGUAUUCCCAUGCUAUAGAGUUAUUUCACCAAAUGCAACAACAGAGUAAUCUGGUGCCCAAUGAUGUUACACUCGUUAGUGUAUUGUCUGCUUGUGCACAGCUUGGAGCACUUGAUUUAGGGAAGUGGAUUGAUAGAUUUAUAAAGCGAAACAAGAUAAAGCUGAGUCUGUUUUUAGGCAACUCACUGGCUGAUAUGUAUGCAAAGUGUGGAUGCAUAGUGGAUGCUAGGCUUGUUUUUGAUUCAAUGCAGGAAAAAGACGUGACCUCUUGGACUAUUAUAAUCACCGGCUUAGCAAUGCACGGGCAUGCAAAUGAAGCCUUCAUCUGCUUUAGAGAAAUGAUUGAACAUGGAAUGAGGCCUUGUGAUAUAACUUUCAUGGGGCUACUAACAGCAUGUACGCAUGCUGGACUGGGUGAUGAGGGGCUGGACUAUUUUCAUAUGAUGGACCAAGUGUAUGGAAUUUCUCCUAAGAUUGAACACUACGGGUGCGUGGUUGAUCUUCUUAGCCGCACUGGUCAUCUAAAAAAAGCUGAGAAUUUGAUCAUCUCAAUGCCUAUGGAGCCUAAUGUCAUAGUUUGGGGUGCACUUCUUGGUGGAGCUGGGAAUGCGGGCUGGCGGUGCGGAUAUGGGCCAACCCGCAGCGGUGCGGGCUGA